AUGGCAGCUAGAUUUGACAUUUCCAAAGCGCGCGAGCAGUUUCCCGCACUGCAGCAGGAUCAAGUGUUCCUUGACAACGCCGGCGGCAGUCAAGCGCUUGGGACAGUCAUUGAUUCGUCAUACUUGUCAAAGACCAACGUCCAGCUUGGUGCCUCGUACCAUACGGGCACACAGUCAAACACCAAGUACGAAGAUGGUUACCAGGCAGCCGCAAAGUACAUCAAUGCUGGCCGCGAUGAGAUUGUCCUCGGAGCAUCCACAACCCAGCUCUUCAUGAAUCUCUCACAGGCCAUGAUAUUCAACGAGGGCGACGAGAUCAUCCUCUCGAAGAUGGAACACGAGACUAAUGUCAAGCCCUGGCUCUUCAUGGCCGAGCGUCUCAAGUUGAAAGUGACUUGGUGGCAGUCGGAAAAACCGGAGCUGAAGCUGACGGCCGAGAACCUGAAGCCGCUGCUGUCACCGAAGGUCAAGUUCGUAGCUUGCACACACGUCUCAAACGUGCUCGGUACGAUCCACGACGUCAAAGCAAUUGCAGAUGCAGUGCACGAGGUCGGCGCGUUGCUAUGCGUUGACGGCGUGAGCUUCGCACCACACAGGAAAGUCGACGUGAAGGCGCUCGGCGUGGACUUUUACGCCUUCUCGUGGUACAAGGUCUACGGCCCGCACAUUGCAGUGCUGUACGCCAGCUCGGCAGCGCAAAAGUACGUAAAGCCGCUGUCGCACUUCUUCAACCCGACCAAGACGCUCGAAGACAAGCUCGGCUUCGCAGGGUCCAACUACGAGGGCGUCCAGGCACUGCCCUCCAUCGCGACGUACCUCGAGGGCUCUGACGAGGCAAUCACCGCGCACGAGGGCAAGCUGCAGAAGAUCCUGCUCGACUUCUUGAACUCCCGGGACGACGUUACAGUCGUGGGCUCGGCGUCGGCCGACUCCAAGGAGCGCGUGCCCACCAUUUCGUUCGUUGUCGACGGCAUCAGCCCCAAGACGAUUGUGCUGGAGGCCGAGAAGAUCUCAGACUACGGCUUCCGAUGGGGCCACUUCUACUCGAAGCGGCUGUGUGACGAGGUGCUUGGGCUUGGACCCGAGGGCGUUACGAGAGUCUCGAUGGUGCACUACAACACCGAAGAGGAGAUCCACGGUCUCGUCGAGGUGUUGAAGAAGGUUCUGCCACGGCAGUAG